AUCAAUUGAGUGGAAUGAGGAAGAGAUCGAGCUUUCUGACCCGGGUUUCCUUCUUCAUCUUGUUUAUGCUUAUCUUCCUUCUAAGCUCUCUCUUCAAUCGGAUCGACCUCGUGUGCCUCGUUUCAUUUGAUUAUGCGAAAAUAAGAAGCCAGAUAAGCGAAGCGUUGGAGGGAGGGGAGGAGAGGAGAGAAGAAUGUCCAGAGCACUUCAGGUGGAUCCACGAGGACCUCAAGCCCUGGAGCAGCACCGGCAUCAGCAGGGACAUGCUCCACAGCGCCGCCGCCACCAACAUGUCCAACUUCAGGCUCCUCAUCCUCAACGGCAAGCCCUACCUUGAAAAGUACAAGACUUGUUUUGCCACCAGGGACGUCUUCACUCUCUGGGGCAUCUUGCAGCUCCUGAGGUUGUACCCCGACAGCGUCCCAGAUUUGGACCUCCUCUUCCAAUGCGACGACCUGACUGUCGUCAAGAAGACCUCCUUCCCCGACCACCUCCCUCCCCCUCCUCCUCUCUUCCAUUACUGUGGCGACGAUCAUUCCUUCGAUAUUGUCUUCCCUGAUUGGACCUUCUGGGGCUGGGCUGAGACCAACAUCAGGGCAUGGGAGAGAACAUCCAAGAGCAUACAAGACAACAACCACAGGAGCCAAUGGAAGGACAGGCAGCCCUUGGCAUUCUGGAGGGGCAAUACCAGAGUGGCUUCCACUCGCCACACCCUCUCUCACUGUAAUGCCACUGAUCACUAUCACUCCAAGGCGCACAUUUAUUCUCUGCAAUGGGAUAAGGAAACCAAACGAGGGCGCAACAACCACACCAAGCUGGAAAAUCAAUGUGACCACAGGUACAAGAUAUACGUGGAAGGGAGGUCAUGGUCGGUGAGUGAGAAGUACAUUCUAGCAUGCGACUCCAUGGCCUUAUUCAUACAGCCCAACUACUAUGACUUCUUCUCAAGAAGUUUGGUUCCUUUGCACCAUUAUUGGCCCGUCUCCGUCAAAAAUAUGUGCCAGGACAUCACUUUUGCCGUUGAAUGGGGCAACUCUAAUCCUGAUAAGGCAGAAGCAAUUGGGAAAGAAGGGAGCAGCUUCGUAGAGCAGAACCUGAGGAUGGAACUGGUAUAUGAUUACAUGCUUCAUGUGUUGCGAGAAUAUGCGAAACUGCUGAGGUUUAAAGUCACGGUGCCAGAAGGGGCCGUGCAGGUGUCUCUCGAGACAUUGACCUCCAUGGUUAAUAGAAAGGCCAGGAAGUUUCUAGAAGAUUCCAAGGUGCAGAAGCCAGCAACAGAUAGACCCCCCUGCAAGAUGCCUCCUCCUUUUGAACCUCAACAGCUUCAUGUCUUGCUCCACACAAAACAGAGUCUCAUCAAGCAAGUGGAAAUGGAGGGGAAUCAAUACUGGAAAUCUCGUCACAUUAAUAACAAAUUUGAAAAGAGAUACGUUGUUUAAAGUUCAUCAUUUAGGUGAGAUUCUCGCCUGGUCAACUACAAAAAAGGUGAGAUUAUACAUGCGUGCACAUGCAUCUUCCUAAAUUUGAUUAUUAAUUAGGCGUUUGG